AACCAAUGGCGCUCACCGAUCACGACCAACGCGGAAGUUCCAUCUCACCGGUGCGAGUGCUCUUGCACUUUGAUUAAUUCUUUCCUGAAACGUCUUUGUAGGAUACAUCGAUAUUUUAGGAAAGACAAACGGAGUGCUUUUUGGGGCAGAUAUGUUUUCCAUUGGAGAUGUUGUGCUUCCGGCCCUGGAGAAGCCGCUGUACUGGCUCGGUGCUGUGACCGCGGCCUGGCUGUCGGUGUGUACCGUGUACCGCCUGCUUGCCGGGUUCAAAGUGUGGGUGCUAGGCAAUGGGCUGCUAGUAUCACCCGCGAAACUUGGCAAAUGGGCAGUUGUGACGGGAGCUACAGAUGGGAUUGGCAAAGCCUAUGCGGAGGAGCUGGCACGCAGAGGCUUUUCCAUUGUGCUUAUAAGUCGAUCUCAAGAAAAGCUGGAUGAAGUAUCCAAAGAAAUUGCGAGCAAAUGUGGUGUGGAGACAAAAACCAUUGCAGCAGACUUCAGUUCAGUAAAUAUUUACUCCAAGAUAGAAGAUGGACUUGCAGGACUGGAGAUUGGAGUAUUAGUGAACAAUGUUGGAAUAUCCUAUUCUUACCCAGAAUUCUUCCUCAGUGUCCCCAAUCUCGAUAAUUUCAUUGACACCUUGGUGAAUAUCAACAUAACAUCAGUGUGCCAGAUGACACGACUUGUUUUGCCUCAAAUGGUUGAGAGGAAGAAGGGUGCCAUUCUCAACAUUUCAUCUGCCAGUGGAAUGUAUCCCGUUCCUCUGCUGACCAUCUACUCUGCAUCCAAGGCAUUUGUGGACUUCUUUUCGAGAGGGUUGCAAGCCGAAUACAAGAGCAAGGGGGUCAUUAUCCAGAGUGUUCUACCAUUUUUCGUGGCAACGAAGCUGAGUAAAAUCCGGAGGCCCACACUGGACAAACCGAGCCCGGAGCGCUACGUUGCUGCUGAGCUAAACACUGUAGGCCUUCAGACACAAACCAAUGGUUACCUGCCUCACGCCGUCAUGGGCUGGGUGAGUACAGCUCUGCUCCCUGCCAGCAUUCUCAGCACACACGUGAUGGGAAUGGCUUUGUCCCAGCGUGCUCGUUACCUCAAGAAGCAGAAGCAGGGUUAGCUCAGCGGCGGCCGGGAGCGGACCAGCUGUGCUUAUGCCUUGUCUGACUACCAUCAUCAUCAUCAUCAGUGUGGACCAAGAAGGGGAAAAGCUGACAGUUGCCGGGGAGCAAAUCACUUCCCCUGCCCUCUGAAAGUACAAGUCAUAGAUGAUGCAAGGCAGCUUCUGGCCUCCAUCGCUGUACAUUAGUCUUACGCUUUCAUCAACGAAUUCUAAGCACUAUUAAUUUGCAUUGCUCUACUAUAUACUAGUAUUUAAUGUCCCUGAUAAUAACAUAAAAAACAAUGUGCAGCGACUUCACACAUUUGUGCGAAAAUAUUUGCGCACUGAGUUUCUCAACAUUCCUAAAAUAUUUCCAACUGAGAUAAUUGCAGCAGUUUUGAUAUUCAUCAAAAUUCCUGUUUUUUUGCUUUAAUAACGCUUCCCUUACUCUCUGGGAAUACUUCCUGUCCUUAAAUGUGAUGUUUGACCCAAGUUUGUGUUUAUCUGACACGCAAUGAAUAUAUUUUGGGAAAAUGUGUAAAAUGUAGGCAGAUGUAAAAAGUCAACAAAAAAAUGGCUAAAAUCAGUCCUUAUGACCUCAAUACGAUGCAGUACAGUUCCACACCACAGUUUGUAGAAUAUAGAUUGUCACAUAAAUUGCUGAUUGUGUGAUCAAAAGAGUCUUUGAAAAAAUGUUUUAUACAACUUCAGUAUUAACUAUUGUACUGUGUGUGUAUUGAGUGUACCUGAUGUGGAUCGUGAGUUAUCCUAUUUGAAUACUGGAAAUGGGUAGGAUCCAAUUGUCCAUUGUAUUUUCACCUGUAUGUCUGGUAAUGAAUUCGUAUGAUACCAGGUAUGUCCCUAAACAAGUCAAAUUUCUACAUAGGAAGACUGACCAUUCUAAUUUCCAUGUCCUGUAAAAAAACAAACUGCCACAAUGUCCAGUUUAUUUGCUGCGUGAACAUUUAAAAAGCCCAUUAAAACUAUUAAAAAUAUUUUGGUGACA